AAAAGCGACGGCUGAGGAGACGGCGGAGGACCGGCUGCCGUGUGUGAGGACCGACCGUCGUAGGAGCACUGAGGGGGGUUGUGGCCACUUGGGACCCGCAGGCCGCCGGCUGGUUGCACACAGGUGACCGAGGCGAAGGCUCGGCCGAGGGGACGGGCCCUCCGGCUCCAGGACGCCCUUGGUGAGCCCCGGUUGCCGCGGCGGGCAGGGCAGCAGCCCUCCCCUCGGGGGGUCCCCGACUUCCCCGGGCGGGCCCAGAGGCUGUGGUGGCAGGCCUGGGUGUUUACGUCCUCGUUCACGAUGAACUGCGAGCUCCUGGCUACGUGCAGUGCCCUUGGAUACCUGGAAGGAGACACUUACCACAAGGAGCCAGACUGCCUGGAGAGCGUGAAGGACCUGAUCCGCUACCUGCGGCACGAGGAUGAGACGCGGGAUGUGCGGCAGCAGCUGGGCGCAGCCCAGAUCUUGCAGGGGGACCUGCUGCCCCUCCUCACCCAGCAUCGGCAGGACAAGCCUCUCUUCGACGCCGUCGUCAGGCUGAUGGUGAACCUGACCCAGCCGGCCCUGCUGUGCUUUGGCAAAGUGCCCCAGGAUCCCAACCUCGGCCACCACUUCCUGCAAGUGCUUACUUACCUGCGGGCGUACAAGGAGGCCUUCGCCAGUGAGAAGGUGUUCGGGGUCCUCAGCGAGACGCUGUACGAGCUGCUGCAGUUGGGCUGGGAGGAGCGGCAGGAGGAAGACAACCUGCUGAUAGAGCGGAUCCUGCUGCUGGUGCGGAACCUGCUGCACAUCCCGGCCGACCCCGACCACGAGAAGCCCAUCGACGACUCGGCCAGCACCCACGACCGGCUGCUCUGGAGCCUUCAUCUUAGCGGCCUGGAUGACCUGCUUCUGUUUCUGGCCAGCUCGCCGGCCGAGCAGCAGUGGAGCUUGCACGUGCUCGAGAUUAUCGCCCUCCUGUUCCGUGAUCAGAACCCGGAGCGGCUGGCGGCGGACGGGCAGGCGCGCUCGGCGCAAGCGCGGAGGGUGGAUGUGCGGGAGUUGGAGGCGCUGAGGCAGCGGGAGGUGGCGGAGCGGAAGAGCCGAGCCUUCCGGCGAGGCAGCAGACAUUCUCGCUUCGGGGGCUCCUACGUGGUCCAGGGCCUGCGGGCCAUCGGGGACCAGGACGUCGUGUACCACAAGGGCCUGCACAGUUUCCAGGACUACAGCCCGGACCUGGUCAAGGAGGUGCGCCGUGUGCCCCGCCGGCGCCAGGUGGCCCAGGAGACGGUGGCCCCGCGCCGCUCGGCCCGCAACGUGCGUCUCUUUUUGGGCCACUUCUGCACCGAGUUCCUGGAGAACAGCUACAACCGUCUCAUGGCCCUGGUGAAGGACCACCUGUUGCGUGAGCGGGCCCAGCAGCACGACGAGACCUAUUACCUGUGGGCGCUGGCCUUCUUCAUGGCCUUCAACCGGGCCUCCCGCUUCCGCCCCGGCCUGGUCUCCGAGACCCUGAGCGUCCGCACCUUCCACUUCAUCGAGCAGAACCUGACCAACUACUAUGAGAUGAUGCUGACCGACCGCAGGGAGGCCGUGUCCUGGGGCCGCCGGAUGCACCUGGCUCUGAAAGCCUAUCAGGAGCUCCUGGCCACCGUGCACCAGAUGGACCAGUCCGAGGACGAGGCCGUGCGGGAAAGCAGCCGGAUCAUCAAGAACAACAUCUUCUACGUGCUGGAGUUCCGUGAGCUGUUCCUGGCCCUGUUCCGCAAGUUUGACGAGACCCGGCAGCCCCGCUCCUUCCUGUGCGACCUGGUGGAGACCACGCACCUGUUCCUCAAGAUGUUGGAGCAUUUCUGCCAGGGCCGCGGGAGCCUAAUGGUGCAGAACAAAAAGAGGAGAAGGAGGCGGAAGAAGGGCAGGGUCCCGCCAACCAGGGCCGGCACCCUGCCCCUCGCCCCCGAGCAGCAGGAAGAGCUCUGGACGGCGCUGGAGGAACAGCUGCGGCGCUGCGCUCGGGACCCCGCGCUCCCCACCGACGGCGUGGUUCCCUUCGACGCGGCCUCGGAGGUGCCGGUGGAGGAGCAACGGACGGAGGCCAUGGUGCGCAUCCAGGAGAGUCUGCUUGGCGGUCAGGCGGCCGCAGCCCUCAGCCUCCUGCGGGCUGCCAGGGAGGUGUGGCCAGAAGGGGAUGUAUUCGGGGCCCCAGAGCUGAGUGCCGAGGAGGAGGUCCAGCUGCUCGGGCAGAUCCUGUCGGCUUCGCUGCCACGACGCCCGGAGGCCGCGCAGCCCGGAGGAGCCGGGGAGGAGGAGGAGGGAGAGGAAGAAGAGGAGGCGGAGGGGGAGGAGGAGGCAGAAGAGGAGCUGCAGGCUGUCCAGGUGGCAGAGAGAGAGUUUAACUUCCUGGAUUACCUGAGAAGGUUCGCCAGCUCCACGGUGGUCCGGGCCUACACGCUGUUGCUGCGGAGCUACCGGCACAACAGCCCCCACACCAAUCACUGUGUCGUCAAGAUGCUGCACCGGCUGGCCCGCGACCUCAAGAUGGACGCCCUCCUCUUCCAGCUGUCCCUCUUCUGCCUCUUCCACCGGCUGCUCAGCGACCCUGCCGCCCCUGCCUAUCAGGAGCUGGUGACCUUCGCCAAGUACAUCCUGGGCCGGUUCUUCACUCUGGCCGCCGGCAACAGCAAGGCCUUCGUGGAGCUGCUGUUCUGGAAGAACACGUCCGCCGUGCGCGAGAUGACCGAGGGCUACGGCUCCCUGGGCGGCGACGGACCCCCAGGCCACAGACCCCUCAAGUGGAGCCCGGAGGAGGAACGGCAGCUGCAGGAGCUGUACCUGGCCCACAAGGAUGUGGACGGGGAGGACGUGGUGGACGCCAUCCUGGCCCGCCUGGGACCCGCCCGCCGGACCCGCAGACAGGUCAUCCACCACCUGGUGCGGCUGGGACUGGCCGACAGCGUCAAGGACUUCCAGAAGCCGAGGGGAACCCAACUGGUGCUGUGGACCGAGGAGCAGGAGCUGGAGCUGCGGCGGCUGUUCGAGGAGUUCCGGGACUCGGAUGACGUGUUGGGUGGCAUCAUGAGGAACCUCACGGCCAAGCGCAGCCGUGCCCGAGUAGUCGACAAGCUGCUGAGCUCGGGGCUGGUGGCUGAACGACGGGAACUUUACAAGAAGCGUUCCCGGCGGAAGGCACAGGCUGAUGGGAAGGAGGCCCUUCAGACCUCAUGCCAAAGGAGGGAGGAGAAAGAGGAGGCCGAAGAGGAGGAGGAGGAAGAAGAGGAGGAGCCGGAAGGCGAAGAGGAGAUGGGGGCAGAGCGGGGCCGGUGCGGUCCUUCAGGCCUUGAGCGUAAUCUCUGGCAGGAAGGCUUCUCCGGGCCCUUGCAGUGGCUCCAGAACUGCCUGAUCCGUGUGGCUACUGACCGGGAAGAGGAUGGCUGCUCCCAGGCGGUGCCGCUGGUGCCGCUGACGGAGGAGAACGAGGAGGCCAUGGAAGACAGACGGUUCCGGCGGCUCCUGCGUCGGGUCGGCGCUCGGCCCCCGGCCUCCGAGCAGGAAUCUUUCUGGCGAAUCCCGGCCAAGUUGAGCGCCCGGCAGCUCCGGAGGAUGGCGGCCUCCCUGGGUCGGCCGCGGGAGGAUGGGGCGCCGGGGCAGGAUGAGGCCGGCGGGGCCCCCGAUGGGGGGCCGCCCCACGAGGAGCCGCGGACCCCUUCGCCCCAGGCCCUGCUGCAGGCCCGCAAGAGGAGAGGGGUGCCAGGCUCUGGGAGGCGACAGCCACUGGACAGCGAUGAGGAGCAGGAGGAGGAGGAGGAGGCCGGGACAGCCCUAGAGCCGGGCCCCCCCGCAGGCCCUCAGCUACUCAAGAGACGCCGGCUGCGGAUUGAAGAUGAUGACGAUGAUGACUAA